UGUUACAUCCCAACAAAAGGUAACAGGUUGCAUUCCCAACGGCGUAAUGAAACUGUUUCUCCUCUAAGUUGUGUCGGUUUUAAGGGUCCACCCCCUGUCUGCGUUGACUUUGAUGGAUGUCUGUGAAAAUAUCUGAAUGGUCAUCGGAGUGCAGGACGGGAAUUGUCUGAAGAGCAAACGCACGGAUAAGUUCAGGAGAAGAGCAUGAAUACGCAGUCGUCUGGCCGGAAGACCCCAGUGGACCACGGUGUCCAGAUCCGCUUCAUCAAUGACCUCCAGGACAGUGUCGGGGAGCAGCCGUUGCCCCAGCCAAAGACCAAGAGCCAGACCGGCUCCAAAUAUGGCGUGGCGGUCAGAGUGCAGGGCAUCGCCGGGCAGCCGUAUGUGGUCCUGAAGGAUGGAGAGAAGGGAGACUCGUACGGGGUCCAGCUCAAGACUGAGUACGGCUCUGGCUACCGCAGCCUCCCCAGGAGGAGAGGGAUGGGAGAAAAUGGAAGAGAGGGGGAGGAUGUAGGAGAAAGAGAAGGCCAGGGCGGGGCAUUACGCCGGGCUCAGUCCCACAGCUCCUUGCUAGACCGGGACGGAGAGGAUUUCCAGCUGUCUAGACCACCUGGAGAUGGAAAGUCUGGUAGCUAUGGGAAUCUUGAUGGAGGAAUUGGAGUUCGGGGAGACAGAGAGGAAGUGUGGAGAGUCAUGGGUAAGGAUCAGGCAGGGUUCACAAGGUCACAGGGGCCAGUGAGGGACGGUCAGCCACACCCUGACAGAUUUCGGCAGACAAACGAGGUUCACUCCAAUCAGAGACAGACUAAUGUCAACAGGCUGAAAAACAGAUUUGAUGGCGACCAGCAGAGAGGACCCCCUCCUGCACAGCAGCAUCUCCGAGCUACAUCUCCUCACCUCCACCCCAAACCCUUCACUACAAUGUCAUCCUCGGCCCACACUAGCUUUGAGCACGGUCAGGGCCCUGCCACCAAAGUUCCCGGAUACUCAGCCAAUCAGUGGAGCCCAGGGGAACAUCCACAUUCAGGCCGGACAGACCCCCAGGUUCAGAGUUCAGAGGUGAGCAGUGAGGAGGAGCAGGUCAUGAGGACAGUUUUCAGCAUCCUGAGACAAGGGUCCAGUGAGAGUGAUGCCGUCAUUUGGCACAAAGUGAAGACUAUUUUUCAGAGGAUUCAGAGCAUGAAACCUAAAGAAAGCCCCCUGGACUGGAUGAGAGAAAAAAGAGAGCUUGAGACAAAAGUGGCUGAACUACAAGCUGCCCUGCGGGAAGAAAGGAGGAAUUCACUUAGCAAUUCAGAUCCUGCCCUGAAAGCUGAGCUGGAAUCCUGUCUGGAUGAAAAUCUCCAGCUCCAGGAGAUGCUGGACCGGAAGAAGAAGGAAUUAAAUGAAACGCAAUCAGAGCUGACUCAGCUGCGUAUGGACAGAGAAAACGCAGAGACACGGGUCAGAAACAUGGAGGACCAGCUGGCAGAGCUUCAAGAUGAGCUCAGAAAAGAGAACGGUGGCAAGACGGACCUGUUGUCCUGUCAGGCUCAGCUGAUGGAGGUGUGCCAGUUGAAGCAGAAGCUGGAGGAGACACUGAGGCAGCGAGAAAGGGAACUGACGGCUCUUAAGGGGGCUCUCAAAGACGAAGUGGCCACGCAUGACAAAGAGAUUGAAGCGCUCCGACAACAGUAUAGCAGCGACAUGGAGAAGCUCCGCAGCAGCAUGGAGCAGGUGUCUCAGUCUCAUGCAGGAAUCGAGGCGGAGCGGCUGCGCGUCAACGCUUCGGUCCGCUCCUUACAGCAGCAGCUGGAGGACUGUAGAGAUGAGAGCACCCACUGGAUGGAGCAGUUUCACUCCACCAGAGACGAGCUCCGAGCCACCAAACAAGAGCUGCUGCAAAUCCGUCUCGAGAAAGAGGAAUUUGAGGAUGAGCUGAAGGAACUGAAGGAAAAAAUGCACACAGUGAAAGAACAAACACCUGACCCCGGCCACACACAGACUAUAAACCAGGAGCUCCAAAGAACCAGUGCUGAUUUGCAGAAAACCAGGUCUGAGCUGGAGAAACGGAGGACAGAAUUAGACAAGAAGGUCAUGGAGCUGGAGCUGAAGCUUGGUGAGGCACAAAGCGAAGCAACCCAGCUCAAAGAGAAACUCUCUCUGGCUGAAGAGGAGCUGGACGACACCAAGGCUCGUCUGAGUAGAGCCCAGGUGGACGUUAGCUCUCUCCAGGAUGCUCAGAAGGAUCAAGAGACCACCAACAAUCGUCUCAAAGACAAACUCUCUCGAUUAGAGACUCAGCUGCAAAGCAGCGCCACAGAGAGCUCAGAGGCCGAGCUCGCCCUGCACACCGAGGUGAGAGGCCUGAGAUCUGAGCUAGACGAGGCCAAGAGAAAGUCCUCCAGGCUGAGCCAGGAGCAUCGUGAGCUCAGCCUGCGUCUGGAAGAUUCAGAUAGGGACAGGGACACGCUGAGGCUCACCAUCAGCCAGCUAGAGGAGAACAAACGACAGCAGGAGAGAGCUCUGGAGAAGCUCAACAAGGAGCACACCUCUCUGAACUUAUCCUUAAAAGAGGAGACGCAGGUUCUCAAGGUUCAGCUGGAGGAGCAGAGAGAACGAGCACGCAAGGAGAUGCAGGAGGCGCAGCGCCAUGGAAACGACGCUCAUUCCGAGCUGGAAAGAAGCCAGUUAAACCUCAGAAGAGUUGAGGAAGAAAUGUCCCGACUGAAGAGGGAGCUUCAGCUUGCAAUUGAGGAGAGGGAUAACCACCAGCUGGAUAAGGAGCUUCUCACUAACAGACUGCGCCACCUAGAGGGGGAGAUAGAAGCCAGCAAAAACAGCCUGAACGAAAAAUCCCGGGAGAUUCGCAUCUUGGAGGAUAAGCUGAAGCGUACGGAGUUGGAGUUGGAGGAGGAGAAAAGCUCGGUGGAGAUGCUGACGGAGCGAGUGGCCAGGAGCAGAGACCAGAUCGAUCAGCUGCGCUCGGACAUCAUGCAGGAGAGGUCCUCAAAGCAGGACCUGGAGCUGGACAAGAAUGCCAUGGAGAGACAUCUGAAGGAGCUGAGGAGCCGUGUGGCAGACCUGGAGGGGAAUUCCCGCUCCUCCGCAGGAGUUUCGCAGCUCGAAAACAGGAUCCAGGAGCUAGAAGAACAGCUGCGAACUGAAGAAAGGGAAAAGAACUCUGUCCUUGCAUCACAACGUCGCUUGGAGCGAAAACUGAAGGACAUCAAUAUGACCCUGGAUGAGGAGAGACACACACACACUGAACAGAGAGACCAGCUCGCUCUGAGGGUGAAGGCUUUGAAGAGGCAGGUGGACGAAGGAGAGACUGAGCUGGAAAGGAUAGAAACUCUGAGGCGGAAAGCCCAGAGAGACAUGGAGGAGCAGAUGGAGCUCAAAGAGGCCCUGCAGGCCAGAGUCACAGCGCUGGAAACUGAGCUCAAGAGGAAAACUCAAGCAUCCAUGCGGCCAGUGUUGGAUUCAUCAGCCCUCAGCUCCGAUGAUGACGACAGCCUGUUUGACUCCUCCACCAUCACCUCCAUCCUCACUGAGAGCAACCUCCAGACCAGCUCUUGUUAAGCCGGCGCUUAGGAGCAGGAUAAGAGCAGGAAAGCACAAACUGCCAAACAAAAAGCAAAGGGAGGUGGAUGUGAACUGGGAGAAAAGCCAGGGGACAGAAUGGUAUGCACUGCAAACAAUGAGGGCUGUAGGAAACUGAGAGGUAAACUGCACACACUGAGUGAUUUUUUUCCACACCUGAAUGGAUGGAAGGACUCAAAGCAUUUAAGGGAAAUUUCCUUUCGUAAAGUCUACAUAAGGGACCACUAAAGGUACUCAAAUCCAGCCAUUAGCAAUAAAAUCAUUUGUAUUAUUUUGCUCUAAAUUUUCUUUGGUACAACUCCAAUACUAUUGGACCAUUUCAGCAGUGACUACUUUAGUUCCACAGCACGGUACAGCUCAACUUCACUCAACUCAAUUUUAGGCACCAGGGCCUUUCCUUUAGUCAGAGGUCUUUGUGAGGGAGUCCACUGCUGAAGAACUUCCCCAAGUGAAGCACUUAAAGCUAAAGUUCAGAUUUGACUGCAUCCUCAUUUAUACUGCCUUUAUUUCCUGGUGUCGCAUGACUGAAUUCUUUACCCCAGUGUUUUAGAGAAGAAAAAAAAAGGCUGUUGAAAUAAUUGUCCCUGAUGUCAUUUCAUACAAACUGGCAAAUUUGAUUAGCCUAAUCAACCUUAAUCCUGCAUCUAUACAGAAUUUUUAUUUUGAUUAAAUCUAAAUGUUGUUAGCUGUGCAGUCUGUGCAAAUAGUUACUCCAUCCAGUCUAAAAUAUAAAGCAAUAAACAGAAAUGUUGAAACAGUGAAUCUCAAAAGCUGAGACACAAAUACUGCCUCUGAAAUUGUAUUAAAUCACGCAAAUGUAUUACAAAAUUUUUGUAUGUGUUUAGGUAAAUGUGUGGUUUAGACUUGCCCAGUGAGUCUUUUUCUGUCUUUUUCACCUGAGGGAGUUAGCUGGUUAAAGAAAAACAGGUUUAAUGCAACUGAGGAUAGCUAGCUCAUAGAAUUUUUUUGUUUUGAGGCCUUAUGAAACUGAAAACUUUCCACUUGCAGUGGAAAAAAAAGCCAACAUGUCCUCUUUCAGUUAGAAAGUGUAUUUGUAGAAGCUGCACAUUUUCUAUGCAUUCCUUUGUAUCAAUGGCUGUUUUUUUGUGAAUUUUUCUUUUUUUUUCUGGAAAAAGUCUUUGUGAAGUUUAUUUAACAAUUGUAGAUUUGCCUAUGUUAUCAAGCUGACUUUGUUUACAGUUUGAACAAUCAGUGAAAAAUCCAAUUACAUUUUCUGCAAUGUAAAGUUUGUUCUAUUGAAACUAGAAGAUGGAACUAAAUACGAUGCGUUAAAUGCAUCAACACAAAAACUGCGGUAUGUACGAUAAUCUAUGACUGAAAGCCUCUGACUGAACUUCAGAAAAGAAAAUUCUUAUUUUUGUUCCACAAUGUAUGAAAGUAGUAACAAUAAAUGUGCUUUGUUAAACGGA